AUGGCGGCGGCGGCGGCAGGAGGGCCGGGCGGUAGUGGAAGCGGCGUCGCCUCGUCCUCAGAGUCCGCGGCGCGUCGGCGGCUGCGGAUCCUCUCGGGCCACCUGCGCGGCGCUCCGGAGACGCACCUGUCGGCCGGUCCGUGCCGAGGGCGAGCGGCGGCCCCGCCGUCGCCGUCGGCGGGGUCUCCCCCGACCACCCUCCCCAAGAGACGGUACCAGAUAGGUGGUACAGUGUUGCCUCUUCUGCAAGAAUGGGUAGAGAAAAAUCUUGGAGGAAAUACGGAACACAAAAGUACCCCUAAGGCAUCCUUAAAUAUUAGCGAAGUACCUCCGUCUGUUACAAAUGAAGAAUUCCUUCAGGACCUCAAAGCUACAAACAUCUCAUAUUCCCAAGAUGCAGAAGACAGGGUAUUCAGAGCUCAUGGUCAUUGCCUACAUGAGCUGUUUUUACUCAGGGAAGGGAUGUUUAAACGAGUUCCUGAUAUAGUUGUAUGGCCAGAGUGCCAUGACGACGUAGUUAAAAUAGUUGAAUUAGCCUGCAAGCAUAAUGUUUGUAUUAUACCUUUUGGUGGUGGAACGAGUGUUUCUAGCGCGCUUGAGUGUCCUGCUGAUGAGAAUCGAACUAUCGUGUCGCUGGACACCUCGCAAAUGCAUCGAAUUCACUGGAUAGAUGAGAAAAAUUUAACUGCUCGUGUCGAAGCCGGCAUUGUUGGACAAGACUUAGAAAAACGGCUGGCUGAAAGCGGUUACUGUACAGGCCACGAACCGGAUUCUAUGGAAUUCAGUACUCUUGGAGGAUGGGUGGCAACGCGAGCAUCCGGCAUGAAGAAAAACGUUUAUGGAAACAUUGAAGACCUGGUCGUUCAUAUAAAAAUGGUAACUCCAAGAGGCGUAAUAGAAAAAAGCUGUCAAGGACCACGAAUGUCAACCGGACCCGACAUCCACCAUUUCAUUUUGGGAUCUGAAGGAAUCCUUGGAGUGGUAACGGAAGUUACAAUAAAAAUCCGACCGGUCCCUGAAUACCAAAAAUAUGGAUCUGUCGUGUUUCCAAACUUUGAGAGAGGGGUGGCCUGUUUAAGAGAAAUAGCGAAGCAGAGGUGUGCUCCUGCAUCCAUUCGCCUUAUGGACAAUCAGCAAUUUCAGUUUGGACAUGCUCUUAAACCACAGGUUGCUUCCAUUUUUACAUCACUUUUGGAUGGGUUGAAAAAAUUCUACAUCACAAAGUUCAAAGGCUUCAAUCCCAACCUCUUAUGUGUUGCUACCUUGCUUUUUGAGGGAAGCAGAGAGAAGGUUCUUCAGCAUGAAAAGCAAGUUUACGAUAUAGCUGCAAAAUUUGGGGGUCUAGCAGCUGGAGAAGACAACGGACAGAGAGGCUACAUGUUAACAUUCAUCAUUGCUUACCUUCGGGACUUGGGUAUGGAUUAUUAUUUAAUAGGAGAAUCGUUUGAGACAUCUGUUCCUUGGGACAGGGUUCUGGACCUCUGCAGAAAUGUAAAGGAAAGAAUAGUAAAAGAAUGCAAAGAGAGAGGUGUUCAGUUCCCACCUUUUGCUACCUGUCGGGUGACGCAGACCUAUGAUGCUGGUGCAUGUGUGUAUUUCUAUUUGGGCUUUAACUACAGAGGAAUAAGUGACCCUAUUCAUGUUUAUGAAGCCAUUGAGAGCUCAGCUAGGGAAGAAAUCCUUGCAAACGGAGGGAGUUUGUCACAUCAUCAUGGAGUGGGCAAGUUACGGAAACAGUGGCUGAAGGAAAGCAUCUCCGACGUUGGCUUUGGAGCGCUGAAAUCUGUCAAACAAUAUGUGGACCCCAAUAACAUCUUUGGAAACCGGAAUCUUUUAUAAACCUCUUUUCCUGUCCAUAUUCAGAUGACAUUCACGCAAAUA